AGGGUAUUGGUUCCUGGAACUACAUGCCGCGGAACUCGCCGCCCAGUCGUAGCGUGAGCUCCCUAAGCUCACUCUCGACAUUCCGAUCGCCGGUGAGCUCGACGUCCGGCUACUUGUCCGACUACUCCGGCGGCUCCAUAUUCCUGGAAGACGAUGAAGAAGUUGAGGUGAUGGCGCGCGUUGACGAGGAGGAUGUGAUGGUGGUGAUGGCGCCCGAUGCUGUCGAAGAACUCGAUGAUCCGGUGCCAGAGUCGACGAGUGAGGAAGCUGCUGGGCCGUCGGCGAGCAUGUCGUUGAAGCGAUCCGCCGAGGAUCUUCCAGACGGCGAGCCCAGCACCAAGCGACCCAUCUCCUCGACGAUGGAAGGUUCCGAUCGCCGCUUUUCCAUCGUGAACGCCACAAUUCAGAGCAUCACGGAUCCAACGCAUUUGGAAUUAAAAAUGAUAUUGAAGACGAUUGGAGUCGAAGAUCUGGAAUCAGCAGAGUACCUCGCAAUGCCGUUCAAAUCACAAACGCAAGGCAAAUUGGUGGUUUUUUGCGUCUCCAGUGAUGCCUCGGCGGCGGUGAUCUCUUCGAAAAUUGAAGAAGCCAACUGGAUGAGCCUAUUCGGCCUCAAACCCCCUUCCUUUGGUGGAUUCGCAAGGAGUUGGACGCGUCACCUUGAUUACGCGGAAGCGGAAAUUUAUCCGCAUUUGUUUUAUAAUUUUGAAAUUAAUUAUUUAAUUAUUUUUAAAUUGACAAGUUUUAUCUAUAAAAAUGUUACCAUUGUUUCCAUCAUUUUGCUCGAAUGCAGUGCUUUUAUUCUUUUCUUCGUCUGA